AUGAUGCCGAUGAGAACGGAAGACAAAGAAAUUUUGCUGAAUUUCUCUUACAAAUUGGAGAUGGAAAUUGAAAAUUCUGGCAAUAUGAACUACAUGGUUGGCAGAGCCAUUUUAACUCCAAAGAACAAUGAAGUUGAAAAAAUCUCUGACCUGAUUAUGAACCAGCUUCCAGGCGAAGUUUACACGUAUUACAGUGCAGACUCUGUAGGUUUAGAGGACG